AUGAGGCAAAAAAAAACGAAUCAAUUGAGUAUUGCAGAUUAUGUUAAAUGUGAAUAUUGUGGACGUAGUUUUAAUGAAGCAGCCGCUGAACGACAUAUUCCAUUUUGUAAAACACAGCAAGAAAAGAAAGGACCGGUAAAGAUACAAAAGAUCCGAUCACAACAAACUAAUGCGACAGCGAUACGAUCCGAAGUUAAUAAUUAUCAUCGAUUAAAUAAUACAUCGUUAAAUCGUGAUAACAAGAUGAGAACAACAAAAAAUGACUGUCAUCCAUCAACACCAGAACGUCGUUUAAAUAUUUCUUCCAGACGAUCUGUAUCAUCACAACGGUCAAAUAUUGAUAAGAAUAAUGGAAAUGAUCGACAAAAAGCGAGAUGUUCAUCAAGAAAGUAA